AUGAAAGUCAGUUAUAUAUUUUCCUUUUUUUUGUUAUUCUUCGUAUAUAAAAAUACAAACACUGUAGUUUGUGAUAACGCAUAUGGAGAUUUAGUAGCAACAAGUGCCUUAACCACCGUUAUUAAAGAUCCACUUAGUUUAACAAUUAAAGAUAUUUAUGAACACGGAGUAAAAAACCCAUUUACAAAAAUCAUCCAUAAAUUAAAGAAAUUUAUACGUUAUAGAAAAGUCUUAAGAUGGUCACGUAUGUGGUGGGUAUUGUUAGUAAGAGAAAUUGUUGGAGAUAACACCAUCGAAAGAAAAACCGAAAAG